UUGGACGAGACAUAAUUUAAAUUCUCUAAAACAAUCUGCACCGUUAAUUUAAUCCAACGGUUUUAACUUGAACAUUCGGAUAUCGAGAUUUCAGAUUUUCACAAUAAACUAUUAUAAACUGUUACUUGUAGAUUUUAGAAAAUUCGAUUCUCCGCGACGACGCGACACCGGCGAUGGGAGCAUCAACUUCUUCGGAAACAGUUUCUGCCGAACAAAAGGAAGCAGAAAACGUCGCAGCCUCCACCGGAGCUCUUCCGAUACUUCAAAAAGCUUUCUCCAAGUUCGCCGAUUCCGAAACACACGCAAUUCCCAUAGAAAAACUUCAAAAAUGCUUCAAUUUCGCUCGCGAAGGUCGAAAUUACCAUACCGAGAACACAACUGAUUCGUUGCCACUGUUAUUGGAUCACUUAGGUUCAUCUUUAGUUGAUCAAUUUUUCAUUUCUGAUGAUAAUGGAAUAAACUGGGUUGAAUUUGUGAAAGGCUAUAACAAGUGUUGUUCAAGGGUUUCUGCAUCGAUUUUUCUGAACAAGUUCAUUAGAGUAUUCGUUGAUGUUACUAAAAAAGCGAAUUUGGAUGUUCAUUUGGAAUUUGAAUCUGAUGAUGUUGAUUGUAAGGUUAGCGGGUACCUUCUCCCCAAGCAUGUGUUUCUCUUGCUUUCAAUUUGUUGGGCUAUGUCGUGGGAUUGUAGAAAUUUGAAAGGGAAAGGGAAUUUGAGUGUACCGGAUUUGAGUCAUUUGGUUACGUCGGCGGUUGAUGAUAAAGAUGAAGGUGGGUUUGAUGUAUUGGAUUGUGAUGUUUUGAGCUUGGAAGUUCAGAUUCCUGUAGGGAAGUUUGUUACUUGGGUUAUGAGUACAGUGCCAUGUCUUCCAGAUUGCUUAAAGCGGUAUUUCCAUGCUAGACUGCAAAUAGCAGUAACUGAAGGGGAUGAAUUGGCAUCCUCUGAUUCCUCCUCUGUUGGAGAAAUUUCAUCUACAACUGUAUGUGAUAUUUUAACUCCAGGAAGGGCGUGGGCAAUUUCUAUCACACAGAGAAAUACAGUAAAUGAAGAGAUUUCCAGAGCCUUCAUCGGCAGUGGAGCUGGAUUGAAUGAUAACCUUAUUUAUCGUUCAUCCACCCAUGGAAGAGGCCUCAACAGAUUUUGGUCUCAUGUUGAAGGUUACCACGGUCCGUUGCUAAUUUUGGUUGCUGCAAGUUCUAGAAAUGGUCACGAGGGAAAUUCUGCAAUCAGGAAAUUUGUUAUAGGUGCCCUAACAAAUGAAGGUCUUGAAAAUAAAGAUAUCUUCUAUGGAACCUCUGGUUGUUUAUACUCUUUAAGCCCAGUGUUUCAUCUAUUUCCACCUACCGGUAAGGAAAAGAAUUUUGUUUACAGCCACUUGCAUCCUACUGGUAGAGCAUAUCAAUCCCACCCAACACCAGUUGGAGUUGCAUUUGGUGGAACUCCGGGAAAUGAGAGAAUAUUUAUAGAUGAAGAUUUUUCAAAAGUGACCAUUCGCCACCAUGCUGUCGACAAAACUUAUCAGAGUGGUUCUCUUCUUCCAGAUCAGGGUUUCCUUCCUACUGAAGCUCACAUUUCAGAAGUUGAAGUUUGGGGACUCGGUGGGAAAGCAGCAAAGGAAGUACAAAACUCUUAUAAGAAGAGAGAAGAACUUUUCACUGAUCAAAGACGAAAAAUUGACCUGAAGACAUUUGCAAACUGGGAGGAUUCACCUGAGAAAAUGAUGAUGGAUAUGAUGUCUGAUCCAAAUGCUGCUCGAAGGGAAGAUCGUUGAGCAGACAUAUAUCGUUGCUUUGCUUGGUGCAAUACUCUCAAAGGUAUAAACAUGGUUUAUCUUGUGAUUGUUCUUUAUAUUUCAGGCUUGAGAUCCUCAAGUAGCUGUACAUGAUAUAGAAAUUUUGUAUGUAAGCAAAAUAUGUUGUGUGGCAAUAAUCUUCUUCAGAAGUACAAUUUGCGAGCUAUGUAUGUAUAUAUAGUAACAGUAACAUUGUUCUACAUAUGAAACACGGGAUCGAGACUUUGCAUAUUGGAGAGAUUGGCAUCCCUUUUUUUAAUCGUUUCAUCACAACAAUAUGUGCAUCUCAGUCGAACACGGACCAUGGUUGUGAAAUGUGUCAAUCAGAAAGCUUUGAGUGAUUA